GGAGGAGCAUCUUCCCUCUCCUCCCUUCUCUGCCCAAGUGGGUAAGAUCUUAGGGUGGCCCUUCAGUGCCCAGCACUCACAAACAGGUAGGGUAUAGGAGGUAGAAGCACCUUUGGGGACACUAUCAAUCAGUGAUGAAAGCAGGCAGGCCUGACUCAAGUGGGUUUGGGGUUCAUUUCUGGUUUUCAGUUGCCACUGAUAAUCCAUCCAGUUGACCUGCGAUGCCCACCCCAUUCAUGAGCGUCUGCCUCACUGUGGUGGGGUUUUGUGCUAGUUUUGUGGUAUUUGCCUAUGAUGAGACGUGAGGAGGGGAGCAGAGACCGUGGGAGCAACUGCGCAAGAGCUGUGCAGCUGCUGGGAGGUGCUCUGAGAGACACAGGAAAUGAGGUGGGGAGCUCACCAGCAGCCCACAAAGACCUUCCUGGCUGUCCUAGGCAGGGCCAAGCAGCAGCCCCACUGUGGCCUUGGUCCCCUUUCCUGCUUUACAAGAUGAGGCCACCAGUGCCUCCAGCCCCACUAGCCCUCUUGCUCCUGGGGUGCUUCUCCCUGCUCCUCUGGCUGUGGGCACUGUGCACAGCCUGUCACAGGAAGCGGGCUCAAAGGCAACAAACUGGGCUGCAGGGCAGUUUGAUACCAGUGGAAAUGUCACUGCUGAGACAGACCCGCUCCCUCAGCAAGUCUGACACCAGAUUGCACGAGCUUCGCCAAGGCACUCGCUCCAGCAUAGCCCCACGGCCUGCCAGCAUGGAUCUCCUGCACCCACACUGGCUGGAGGCAUCCAGGGGCAGCACCAGGUCUCAGGUAACCCCCUCUGCCUUCCCACCUCGGCAGCUGCCCAGGGCCCCUCCUGCUGCCCCUGCAACUGCACCUUCUACUAGCCCUGAGGCCACUUAUUCCAAUGUGGGGCUGGCUGCAAUUCCCAGGGCCAGCCUGGCUGCUAGCCCUGUGGUGUGGGCUGGAACACGGCUGACCAUUAGCUGUGCUAAGCUUGGGCCUGUGGCGGAGUAUGCCUGCAUCCAGAAGCGCAAAGAGACAGAGCAGGGCUGCCAAGAAUCUAAGAUGAUCCCAGUUCCUCAGGUGGAUCUGCUGUACUCCAGGGUCUGCAAGCCUAAAAGGAGAGACCCAAGACCUGUCACAGAUCAGCCGGACCCCCGGGGUGGGAGAGCAAUUGUGGCCCUUGGGAGUGAUGUGGAAUAUGAGGCCAUCGCUCUCAGGGGCCAAGAUACCAACCAAGAUCCCUUAGAAAAUGUGUAUGAAAGCAUCAGGGAGAUGGGCCCCUGAGCAGUGGAGGGUUCACAUCCUGUUUAUUGACACGCAUCGACUUAGGAAGGAUACCCAGGCUUCUGCCGCAGCAGGGUUUGACUGCAGAUCCUUCUCUGUCCUUCCACCGCCACAGCUGACAGCACACAUUUCAGGUUCAGUCCUUGUGGCCUGAUUAAACCUCUGUCACAUAA